AGAGAGAGGAGGGAGAGAGAGAGAGGAGGGAGAGAGAGAGAGGAGAGAGAGAGAGAGGAGAGCGAGGGAGGGGAGAGCGAGAGGACGGCGUGUUUCCAGCCCUCAGAUGGUGGUGGUCUACAGAAAAGUCAGAUGGACUAGCCUGCUCUGAGCGGGUUCUGAGCGUGUUCUGAGCGGGUUCUGCAGAGUCCAGUGUGGAAAUGGAGCCUGUGACCAGAUGGACCCCGCAGCAAGUGGCGGACUGGAUGAGAGGUCUGGACGACAGUCUGCAGCAGUACGUCUCCUCGUUCCAGCGGGAGGAGGUGACCGGGGAGCGCCUGCUGCGGCUCUCCCACCAGGAGCUCCUGUGCGUGGGUGUGUGCCGGGUGGGACACCAGGAGCUGAUCCUGGAGGCCGUGGACCUGCUCUGCGCCCUGAACUACGGCGUGGAGUCGGACAAUCUGAAGACCCUGGUGGGCAAGAUGAGGGCUGCGGCCAACAACCUCCGUAACGCCGUGUCAGAGCGCCGGAAGAACCCCACCUACCAAAGCAAGAACUCCCACAAGCCCUCCAACGACUUCCUGACGGCGGUGGUGGAGCUGAUCGGAGCAGCCAAGAGCCUGCUGGCGUGGAUAGACAGGACUCCUCUGACGGGCACGAACGACUUCACCUCCACAAAGAACAACAUCAUCCACCUCUGUCUGGAGCUCACCUCCACCGUCCAGAAGGAUUGCACCGUUUAUGAGAUGGAGGAGAAGAUUCUGGAAGUUUCGCGGGCUCUGACCGGCAUCAGUGAGCAGACGGUGCAGGCGACCUCCGACCCCUCACAGAGUCAGGUGGCGUGUCUGGAGGAGGUCCACAUCACCCACGUGAAGCCCGGGGAGGGUCUGGGCAUGUACAUCAAGUCCACAUACGACGGCCUGCACGUCAUCACGGGCACCACCGAGAAUUCUCCUGCAGACAGGACUCAGAGGAUCCACGCUGGAGAUGAGGUGGUGCAGGUCAACGGUCAGACGGUGGUGGGCUGGCAGCUGAAGCACCUGGUGGGGAAGCUGAAGGCGGAGCCUGACGGCGUCAUCCUGGUGGUGAAGAAGAGGCCGUCUGGAACCUUCUGCAGCUUCGCCCCCGCCCCACUGAAAAACCUCCGCUGGAGACCCCCGCUGGUCAAGGUACCCGGUCUCCAGAAAACACAACCCCCUGAACCCUCCUGUAAAGGGAAAGCGGCCAUCUUGGAUUUGUACAUCCCUCCUCCCCCCGCAGUAGCAUACACACCAAGGGAUGGCAAACAGAGCGUCAAAAUGAGGUCCAAGUCUCCAAACUCCAAUCUGGACAUCGGCAGGUCGAGGAGGUUCACCGUGGCCGACUACAACAGCAGGGAGUCAGCCGGCGCUGCUCCUGAACGCAGCCUUCAGCCAGUACCGGUCCGAAUGAGGCAACGGUCAUCAACACGCGGGAAACCUCGACCCGCCUCCAUGCCGGUGGACACAUGUUCGGGGCUGUUGGACCCGUCGUCCCGGGCAGGACCUCAGGGUAGAAGAGGCCAGGACGCUCUCCACAGGUACCUGAGCAACGAGCGAAUCCCCGCCAUUGCAGAGGAGGCCCCCUGUUUCCCUCUUCCGUACCGCCCGGGGGACCGGGGCCACAUGUUGGUCCGCGGGGUGGACCACAUCAGGGGCAGCCAGUGCUACAUAAAUGCCGACUUGCACAACAGUGCCACCAUCCCCUACCAGGAAGCAGCAUCCAAAAAAGGCCACGCUGCCCCCGACGUGGCUCCGCCCACUUCUGGUUCUAAACAAACGCCCUCUGGAAGCUCCGUCUCCCUGCUGGGGGGUUGGCUGGCCCGUCUGCGGCUCCUCAGUCACUGACGUUUGAAUUCUACUUCAGUUCUAUUUUGAGUUCAGCAGGACUGACGGCUUUAAAGGGACACAAUGGGACCAAAACUAUGACCUUUCAGAUUGGGGACAGUGGCUCUAACCCGGUCGCCCUACACACAGGGUGUGCUUACACGCCACAGACAGUCCUUCUUUACUUGUGUUAAAAUCUUCUUUUCAUAAAGAGUCAAAGCUCUGUCAGCAGCCUGAGACAAGUUAUUCAACUUCUUCUAAGAUGCCGUCUGUCUGCCCUGCUUCAUGACCAUCCUCUUAACGCUGUAACUAUCGCCCCCUUCUGGAUGAUUAACUUUGAUUUGAGGGCUGAAUUCUCAAUUGCUUUGCUGUCAAUAGGCUCUGUGUAUUCAACAGCAGAUAAUGCACCGCUUAAUUUUGUUUUCUGGAUAAACAGUUCGCUCAGAUAUCAGCGUGUAAACAAAUAAAAUUAUUCCACAGUUUACUGAGGAUCCGGACCCCGGAUGUGCUGAAAACUCAGGUUAUCAAUCAGGACUUCUCCCCCUCCACCUGAUUCAGGUUUCUCUUUACCAAGGUGACAGAUUUUUCAGUUUAUCAUAUUUGGGGUGUUGUAUUUACACCCACUAACAAAAUAUAAAAACCAGAAUCCUUGAGAACUGUAUUUAGCAGUUAUGGUAUAUGUUUCUAUGCUGUCAGAAGGUCUCUUAAGGAAACAAGCACCU